AGUUGCGCUGUCACAUCCUCGUGUUUUUUUCUGUUUUCAUUAAAUACAAAUAAAAAAGUUAUCCUUGCGGGUUCCUUUGGUUGGUUCCCUCGGCAGCAGGAUAUAAUUAAAUAUUCAGUGUGAUUGCGAAUAAUCAUUUUUUGUUGUUUUUGCCAUUUAUUUGUGUCUGCCCCUUGUGUGUCAGUCGAGCAAGUUUUAAAUAAUUUUUCAAUCUCCAUUCAAGUUACGAUUUUUGUACUUUAUUUGUGUGAACCUUCCCUUCUUGUUGGUCUUUUAACAACCUCCUGAUUUCUAAUUCUUGGUCAUUCAUUUCCUGUCACUGUUGCACUUUUCACAUAAUGUGCCCACUUGAAUGGAUCUCAAUUUAGCGGAUAAUUUGCCAUUGUAAAUAUUUUAAAAGGAUUUCUCAUCGUCACGACAUUUGAAUUUGUAAAAUACAAAAGCAAAACAAAGGCAAAAGAAAAUAAAGAAACAAGACAAGCAAAACUACGCAAGGAUUACGAUACGACGACAAAUACUAUCGUCAUCCUUAUCGUCGUCCUUUUCGCUGUCGUCCUCUUGGUCGUCUACAUCGUCGUCGUUGAUGGUCGCCGGCGUUGGCGUUAGCGUUAGCGUCGUCUGCUACUGCCUCCGUUCAACCGGUCGUCAUUCUGGUUCGUCCUUGUGAAAUGUUUGUGUACGGUUUUCAGUGUUUUGAGUGCUAUUAGCGUGCGGCGGAAACGAAGGCAUUUUCUGUUCGCUUUUUUUUAUUUUUUGUUGUCGCUGUAUGGGGGUUUGAGCCUUCUAAAGGGGGGUGUUUAAAUGUGUGUCCGUAAAAAAGGAAACAAGUUGGAAAAUAAAUUGAAUUGCAAUGUGCUGGCACUAUGGUGUGUUGUUCCGGGACAAAAAUUGAAUUAAGUGUGAAAUAUUAAACAGGCGGAAUUUAGUGUGGGGGAGGUACACGGUGACGGUUAAAGUGAGAAGCAAAGGAAUUCAUAAAACUUUCACUCGGUGUCACACUGAUUUUUUAAUUACAUAUAAAAUAGAAUUGUUUACGAAUCAGAUUCUAAAUUUAUAAUUAUAUAUUGCACUUUUACUAACGUUGGCCCAGAGUGAGAGAAGGAAAAUUAAAGAGAGAGUGCGAGAGAAAGAGUGAGAAAGAUUGUAUACUUUUGACUAUAAGAAAAUGUUGAUAGUUUUUCAGAAAUUAAUGUGAUUGUGGUGUUUUUGUUUAAUUUUGUGAGUUAAAUAUUUUUAUUUCAAUAUUUAAAAUAAAUGUGCGGUAAAAUGGAUGUCCUUUGGGCGUCUGGUUGGAUUAUAUUUCUAAUAAGUGCUGCUGCUCUACCAGAGAUACCAUCGAAGGGCAAACAAACAAAAGUCCUUGAUUCACAAUCUUCAUCGUCUGAAGAUAUAAGUAUGCCAAGAUUUGCUGAACCAAUACCAAAUGUGACCGUUUCUAUAGGAAGAGAUGCAUUACUCGCUUGUGUUGUGGAAAACUUAAAAGGAUACAAAGUCGCUUGGGUGCGUGUCGAUACUCAAACAAUCCUUUCAAUACAUCACAACGUGAUAACACAAAACAACAGAAUUAGUCUGACAUACAACGAUCAUAGAUCCUGGUAUUUGCAUAUCAAGGAGGUCGAGGAGAACGACCGGGGCUGGUACAUGUGUCAAGUGAACACCGAUCCGAUGCGAUCCCGGAAGGGAUACCUUCAAGUUGUGGUGCCACCCUUGAUUGUCGAGGGAAUGACAAGUAACGAUAUGGUGGUGCGAGAGGGCACCAACGUGACAUUGAUGUGCAAAGCUCGUGGAUACCCAGAGCCUUAUGUGAUGUGGAGGCGAGAGGAUGGCGAAGAGAUGUCAAUUGGCGGAGAGAAUGUCAAUGUUGUGGAUGGUGAAAUUUUGCACAUCACUAAGGUCAGUCGAUUACAUAUGGCGGCUUAUUUAUGUGUGGCGUCGAAUGGGGUGCCACCAUCGAUUAGUAAACGCGUUCAUUUGAGAGUUCAGUUCCCGCCAAUGCUGUCGAUUCCAAAUCAAUUGGAAGGAGCGUAUGUGGGACAGGAUGUUACAUUGGAAUGCCAUACGGAAGCUUAUCCGGCAUCAAUAAAUUAUUGGACCACAGAGCGUGGGGACAUGAUCAUUUCGGAUACCUCAAGAGCUGGAGACAAAUAUGAGACAACUUCUUCAAUACAUGCUUAUAGUAAAUAUAUGAAAUUGAAAAUUCGAAACGUUGGAGCGAAUGAUUUUGGUUCAUAUCGAUGUGUGGCGAAAAACUCUCUCGGCGAAACUGAUGGUGUAAUAAAACUUGAUGAAAUCCUUGCACCAACAACAGCAGUUAUGUCAGAAAUUACCAUGUACAAUCGGACCUUAGAUGGCAAGCGUCCGAACAGGAAUAAAUUCGACACAAAUGCUCUGCCUGAUUACGGGGUGGAAGAGUGGAAAGAUGGUGGAGGUGGUGGCGGUGGCGACAAUGGCCAACCACCGAUUCGCAAUCCUCCAGGAGCUUUUCACAAUUCUGCAGUAUCAUUGGGCUUCGGAUUCGACUUCGGCUUCGGAGGCGAGCUGAGGCGAAUUCGAGAACGAUUACGAGGACGAGCAAAAGGACGAGCAAGUCUCAUCGUUGAGACUAUAAUUUACUGGAUUAAGAGCAAAUCGCCAUUGUUCCAUUAUAAUUUACAUUUAUUGAGGAGCAGCUCAUCGACGACAUCGGCAUCGCCAUCGAAGACCAACAGCUGCUGCUGGAGACUGUUGGAUUCGGGAAUGGGCCUUGGCAUGGGUAUGGGUAUGUCAACCACAACACUCUACGAACAGCCUGAUGAUUAUAUACCCUUGCUGCAGUCCCAUGAGUUCGACAUCGACAUCAGGAGUAGAAUGACUCACAAAGAUUCGGAGGAAUCCUUUACAAUAAAACAAUCCACCGCAGCCAAAAGUCGACUUCGUCGUCGACAUCGAGAUCGCGAUAGGGAGAGACUCGUUGACGACAACGACGAUAUCCUUGCCACCAUCAUUGUGUCCCCAAUCAGUUGGGGAAUUUUCAUAAUUUUCAGUUUCAAUUUAAUUAGCAUACAACUUUGGCGAAGGAUAUGCUUGCCAGGGUGUGCCGUGACGAUGAUGAAAAUGGAGGAGACGCAAACGAGGACGUCGAAGCCAACAACAACAAGGACGACGAUAAUGUCGCCAUCACUCAACAGGAUAAAAAGAUGAAAACAAUUACAACUGCGACAGGAGCAGAACCAGCAGCAGGAGUGGGAGUGGGAGCAAAAGCUGGAACGAGAACAGGAGCUCAAGUCAAAGUCAAAGUUGAUGUCGAAGGACGAGUGUAAGGACGAAGAUGAGGACAAGAACGAGCAGUGCCAGAGGUAAGGUUGUUGUUUUGCUGUAUUUAUACAUAAAUGUAGAAGAAAAAAAGG